ACUCUUUAAAAAAAAAUUAUCAAUAAUAACAAUUCAGGCAGUCGUGUGUGUGUGUGAGUAAGGCGUCGUCUCCAUGCUGAUCUGGGGACAGUUCGCUUGCCUUCUGGCGCGCAGGAGGGGCUGGAAAUGGCGCGGGGGGCCGAUGCCCGCCAACGCCGCCGGUUGGAACGGCUCGCGAGGCCAACGGCCGCCCGCCCGCGCGCUGCUGCUGCCGCUGCUGCAGCCGCUGUUGUCCGGCGGCUCCCGCCUCUCCGCCGACAUGUCCUCGACGGACUUUAACCCGACUCACCCCACCACCGACUGGAAAGUGGCCAAAAAACACUUGGAGGAAAGUGAUCACACAGAGAGACGGAGUUACUACAAAGCAGAGAGAUUUGUUACCCUUGAUGAAAUUCAAACAUGGAAAGACUUUGCUGCAGGCGAAAAUCUGAAACAGCCAAGAACACAUUACAAGAAGAGUGAUGUUCUGAAUGAAAAGGUUUCACUCUUGCAAGAGGAUAUCACAAAGCUGGAAAUUGAUGCAAUUGUUAAUGCAGCUAAUGCUUCGCUAAUGGGAGGAGGUGGAGUGGACGGCUGUAUUCACGUGGCUGCGGGGCCCCUGUUGAAGAAGGAAUGCAGUACUCUCGCCGGCUGCAGUCCCGGAGAUGCUAAAAUUACCAGUGGCUACUGCCUGCCUGCCAAGUGUGAGUAAAGAUAACAUUAGCCUUUUCCCACCAACACCAAACAAGCUGUUUCCUCCGAUGUAAUAGGAAAUCCCUCCUGCAUCAGGACUUCUGUUUAUGUUUAAUUA